AGUGCGGACGUUAAUACAAUUAUUGCAUUCGCGAGCUCUUGAAAAUAUUGCAGUGGAGAGAAAUGACGGGGACGACCUUUAUCUCCGACAAAGUGAAGUGCAUAGCCGUAUAGUGAAGACUGCAUCGCUUGCAUUAUGUAGAAGAGACGAAAGCGUAAAGUGUUUACGGACGCGUUUCGAGUAUUUGGAACGUGUGUAAGUAUGCGGUUGAGAUGAUGUGGCUCGCGGCUGUGGCAGCGGCGGUGCUCGCGGCCGUCUACGUGCACGCCGAGCAGGUGCUGCUCCUCGAUACCACUACAGAAGCAACACUGGGUUGGACGCGGUUCCCUUACGGCCCGCAAGCCAGCACACCUGGUUGGCUCGAGGAAUCCUACACCAACUUCGAGAAGCAAAUCAAUUGGCGAUCGUAUGUAGUCUGCGAUGUCGCUCAUCAUAAUGUCAAUAAUUGGUUGUGGACACCCUUCAUUGAGAGAAGAAACGCUAAUCGCAUUUACAUAGAGAUUAAGUUCACUAUUAGAGAUUGCUCUCUAUUUCCAGGCAAUGCACUUAGUUGUAAAGAGACAUUUAGCUUGUUGUACUAUGAGUUUGAUGUGGCAACUCGGGAGCAACCACCUUGGGAGCCAGAGAGCUAUAAGCUGGUGGGCCGCAUUGCGGCUGGGGAAGGCAGAUUCAACACAAACUCUGAAGUUGAUAUCAAUACUGAAGUUAAAAGUAUAGCUGUUACUAAAAGGGGUGUCUACUUUGCAUUUAGAGAUCAAGGUGCAUGUAUUUCAAUAUUAGCUGUAAAAGUUUACUACAUCACAUGCCCGGAAGUAACUAUAAACUUUGCACGAUUCCCUGCAACUCCAACUGGCCGAGAAGUCACUGUCAUAGAGCAGGCAAAUGGUACCUGUGUUGAAAAUGCUGAAACUGCUCCAGGUGAGGCUCCUCCUAUUUACUUGUGUAAGGGUGAUGGCAAAUGGACACUACCUAGUGGCUCUUGUAAAUGCCGACCUGGAUUUGAACCAGAUCACAACAACCAGAUUUGUAAUGAGUGCCCUUCUGGGAAAUUUAAGUCACACACAGGUGAUGACCUCUGCAUACCAUGUCCUGAUUAUUCAGAAUCAAUAGCAUAUGCUUCUGCUGAAUGUAAAUGUAUCCCUGGCUUCUUCAGAGCCAAAAAGGACCCCAAGAAUGUACCAUGUACACAACCACCAUCUGCACCAGAUAAUUUAACAGUUACUUUUGCUGACCAAUUUUCAAUAUCACUAGCUUGGCAACCACCACAUAAAAAUGGUGGCCGCUCUGAUGUAACAUACAGAGUGUACUGCAUUAAUUGUGGUCCAAAUGUGGAGUAUAAACCUGCAUCCACCUAUCUUAAUACUACUAGAGUAACUGUAAUUGGAUUGGAUCCAGUCACAGAAUAUAAAUUUCAAGUGUUUGCAGAAAAUGGAGUAACAGAGCUUACAGGUGAACCUCCAAAAAAGGUGGAAAUCACAGCUGUAACUGAGGCUUCAGUAGUGAGUGUGGUCUCAAAAUUACGAGUAAUCAAUGCAGAAAGUGACAAGUUGUCUCUGACUUGGAAUCCUCCACCAACUGACAUGACCGAUCCGGAUGACACUAUAGAAAGCUAUGAAGUAAAAUGUUUUCCAAAAGAUAAUAUUGAAAAGAGUGCAAAUGCAACAUUAAAAAUAACAAAGGAGUCUCAUAUAACAAUAACUGGUUUGAAAAGAGAUACAGAGUAUGGUAUUAGAGUGAGAGCAAAAAUGAAAAGAGGUUGGGGAGAAUUCAGUGAUAUUUUAUAUGCGCGUACGGCAUCCGUGCUUGAGACAACUUUUGUGGGUGAAGAAGAGGGUGCUCAAGUCCGACUCGUAGCUGGGGUUAUGGUUGCCUUAGUUGUUCUCUCAGUGGUGGGCAUCAUUGCAACUGUUCUCUUUUUGCGGUCGCGUGCUGACGAUGAGUGUGAUAAGAAGCAACCAAAUGAUUGCAACGCAUUGAAUUAUCGUAAUGGGGAAGUGUACACAGGUCCUGAACGUCCAGCUAAGACUAGUAGCAAUGCUACCACACCACUUUUUGCAGGAACUGGUUCACGCACUUACAUUGAUCCUCACACUUAUGAAGAUCCUAACCAAGCUGUAAGGGAAUUUGCUCGUGAAAUUGAUGCUUCAUGUAUUACAAUAGAGGCGAUUAUAGGAGGUGGUGAAUUCGGCGACGUAUGUCGCGGAAAGUUGAAGUUACCAGCUAGUUGUGGUCAAGAAAUAGAUGUGGCUAUAAAAACUCUCAAACCAGGAUCGACAGAGCGAGCCAGACGUGAUUUCCUUGCUGAAGCUUCUAUAAUGGGUCAAUUUGAACAUCCCAAUGUGAUAUUUUUGCAAGGAGUGGUUACAAAAUGUAAUCCUAUUAUGAUAAUAACAGAGUUCAUGGAGAAUGGAUCAUUGGACACUUUCUUGCGUGCUAAUGAUGGUAAGUUCCGAGUUCUGCAGCUGGUGGGAAUGCUGCGAGGUAUCGCAACUGGAAUGCAAUAUUUGUCAGAGAUGAACUACAUUCACAGAGAUCUUGCUGCUCGAAAUGUUCUUGUCAAUUCGCAGCUUGUAUGUAAAAUUGCCGAUUUUGGUUUGUCAAGAGAAAUCGAGUCGACUGCUGAUGGAGCAUACACUACUCGAGGUGGUAAAAUACCAGUACGAUGGACAGCGCCCGAAGCAAUUGCUUUUAGAAAAUUUACAUCGGCCAGUGACGUUUGGUCUAUGGGAAUCGUUUGUUGGGAGGUGAUGAGCUUUGGAGAGCGGCCUUACUGGAAUUGGAGCAACCAAGACGUGAUUAAGUCAAUAGAAAAGGGGUACCGCUUACCUGCACCCAUGGACUGUCCUGAAGCAGUCUACCAGCUCAUGUUAGAUUGUUGGCAGAAAGAGCGUACGCAUCGACCAACGUUUUCGAGUAUAGUAAAAACCUUAGACAAAUUAAUACGUUGUCCAGAGACAUUGAGAAAGAUCGCACAGAACAGGUCCGCAGAUCCUCUAGCGGGUGACACCCCCGACAUGAUUCAAUUCAACUCUGUAGAAGAGUGGCUGGAAUGCAUUAAAAUGUCUCGAUAUAUUGAGAAGUUCCGCGCGGCAGGUAUAACAGAUAUGGACGCUGUAGUCGAUUUGACAGUGCACCAGUUGGCUUCUUUGGGCGUUACAUUAGUUGGACAUCAGAAAAAAAUAAUGAACAGUGUGCAAAGCAUGCGCGCCCAAAUUCGAGUCAGUGGCCCUUACGGUUUCUUGGUGUAGUGCUUUAUAGUGUGGUAUGUUGUCUCAGUGAUUGUGAUUGAUAAAGGUGGCUUACUAGCCAAUGGACUAUUGAUCUCGAUGUAUGUGCCCAUGGUGGGAUUCGAUUACAGUGAUAUACUAAUGAAUAUGAUGCAUUUUGUAUAUUUUUCUAAAAUGAAACUGUCUUAGAAUAAAAGAAAGCUAAAGUUUAAAAA